AUGAAUUUAGUUCAUUCCCUACUGAAGAAUAAUUCGUAUCCUCGCUUGUUAAUGGCACCGUCUUCUCGAAUUCAUGUUGCUGUCGUUGGAACAGGAUCCCCGGGAUCUCCUAAGAGUGUUCUUCUAUGUACAGAUAAAACACGUUAUUUAAUUAACUGCGGUGAGGGGACACAACGAAUAUUAACUGAGCACAAGUCGAAAGCUUCCAAGAUCCAUCAUGUUUUCUUCACACGAAUGUCUUGGAGACAUCUAUCUGGGCUUCUUGGAAUCGGGCUGACUGUUAAAACUGCUGGUGUGAAACAAUUAUUUGUUCAUGGCCCACCAUCUAUUACGCAAUUAAUGAGAUUGACUCGUCAUUUUGCUGAUGCCUCAACGUCAGAAGUUGUACAAAGUAACAUUUUACAAACUCCCCUCAUUGAUGAUGACUUUCGGAUUACUGCGUUUGAGUUGAAUAGAGAAGAAAUAGAACCAUGUAUGAAACGCAGCCGAACAGAAGAGAAUAAUAAUUUUCAACCUGUCUAUGCCUAUUUAUUCCAGUGUUUGAAACAAAAUAGAAAAUUAGAUCUGUCUAAGUGUGCCGCUUGUGGAAUACCCAAUGAAGUUAUUCGUUCUCCGAAAAUACGUCAGCUAAUAGAAGGGGAGUCCCUAGCUUUGGAUAAUGGCAAAGUGAUUUUACCUACUGAUGUAACCUCAGAGCCCAUUACUCCCAGAAAUAUUCUCGUUUCUAUGCCUUUAUAUCGCCACUUCGAGUUACUUAUAUUGAUUCCAUUCUCUAUUCCCAUCCCAACUUUUCUCCUAGUUCUUGAGUGUCCCCACGAAUCCUAUAUUCCACAAUUUCUGAAGGCCGACAACAUCUUCAACGCCAUUGAAUCUUUUCAGACGUCCUCGGGCAACAUACGCGGCACUGUCCCUGGCAUUAAUUUGGUCAUUCAUAUGGUGCCUGAAGGCCUUUUUGAAUCUCCUCAAUAUCAGGCUCUCGUAACUCGUCUUAACCAAUAUAGUAAGAAGGUGGAUCCUGUGGAUUCAGAAUCACAGCCUGCGCAACCUGGAGAAGAUGGUCUCCAUCAUCUUGUACUUGACGGUUCCAGCGAUCGGCCUGCAUGCUCUCCUAUCACCGGUAUUUUCAGUCAAUCUGCCGUCCUCAACACCUACUUUGACUCGCAGGUCUAUCCCAAGCUUGAUGCCCUUCGUUCAUCCAAGAAACCAGAUCUUUCAAAAAUCGAGCCAUUUUCGAAGGUCGUGUACGCCGAGCCAAUGUUAAAGUACAGCAUUCGUCCGCAUUCUGGUUUCAGCACGGAGAAUUGCAUAGUCUUAAACGAAGAGGAGCUGAUUAAGCAGUCAUUUGAACCCCUCUACGUUUCUGAAGAUGAGGCAGUAGUGAAAUGCAAGACAAUGAGGGAGGAGAUCGAGGCAGCUCUCAUUCGACGGUCCAAAGAUACUCCGAUUGCGCCUCUGGAUGAAUUGGAGUGGCCAGAAUUUACUUUUCUUGGAACUGCCUCAUCUUCGCCCAGCAAGUAUCGAAAUAUAAGCGCUAUUCUGGUUCGUUUGAGUCCAAACGAUUGUAUCCUCUUGGAUUGCGCAGAAGGAACUCUCAAUCAAUUCUACGCACUCUACGGAAUUGAAGAGACACAUAGACUACUGCGAGGUCUCAAACUCAUUCUCAUCACUCAUAUGCACGCUGAUCAUCAUGGGGGUGUGCUGACAAUAGCCCGUAAGGUGGAUGAACUAAUUGGCAGUAAAGAGGGCUUGGCCGUGCUAGCGCCUUCCCCAUUCUGGCGUUGGGUGAAUAACUACUCAGAACUGUUUAACUCCUCUUCAACAAAGCACGUUCGUCUCUUCUGUAUUAAUAGUGUCUAUAAUGACCCUGUGCCUAGUCGUGCACCAUCGGCUAGUGAAAUAGACGCAUCAAGUGCGCAGAUGAAUCCGAUCUGGCAGUUGAAAAAUUCUGGCCCCGAUGUGGCGGCUUGGGUUAACCUUCUUUCUCAGUUAAAACUCAAGGUGGAGCCAGUUAAAGUGCCUCAUACAGGUACUUCUUGGGGAUAUGUUAUAUCUAGACCGAAGGAAAGUGAUGCUGAUGAUGCAACACUCUGGAAGGUGGUCUAUUCAGGCGAUACUCCUCCGUGUUCACAUUUAGCUAAAGCGGGACAUGGCUGUGAUCUUCUCAUUCAUGAGGCGACGAUGGGCGAUGGAUAUGAGGAGCAGGCCGUUAAAGCCCGACACAGCACAACCGGGGAGGCCAUCCAAAUUGGUCGGAUGAUGCAAGCGAAAUUUAUUCUUCUGACACACUUCUCUCAACGCUUUUCUCGUCUGCCAAGUUUUGACACUUUCCAAGAGGAUAUCGCGCCUGCUUUCGAUUUCAUGCAGGUGAAAUUCAGGGAUCUUUGGAAAUUGCCAUACUUCUUGCCGUAUUAUAAGUAUGCAUUUGCAAAGCAUUGGGAGUUGUUGCAGAAUCGGGCCGACGCCAAUGAGCAAAAGAAGAAGUUGAAAGAAGAGGCUCUUCAGCAGACACGAACUGCUGUCUCUGAUGCUCUUUCGGGUAACUUCAAGAAACGAGGGGAGUCUUCUUCUUCGUCCUAA